UCGAUGGUCAUCCUCCGUAAGUGACGGAUCGUUUCGUUUUCUAGUUUCUUUUCCUCACAAUAAUUGUCCCUUUUUUAAGUUUUCAUUUUGCAGAACAUUUUAUCAAGGAUCAUCCUGAACGAGGAAACAAUCCUUAAAAAAUUUAUCUCACGUAUACGUAACUUUGAUCGAAGAUAAGGAAAAAAAUAAAAAAAAGAAAAACACAAAAAUAUCAGUGUCGAGUCCCAGUGUUUUAAUUACAGUGUCGAUUAUGAUGCGCGAUCAACGGCUUUAAUUUUUUUAUAAUUAUACCCUGUCACAAAUCAAACGUCACGGGAAUUUUGCGACUAGAUUAUGAACGGAAAAAUGAACGGACCGGUUUAUGCGUCCUCCUGUCCUACACUACAAUCGAAUCUCUCUUUACAUAGUUCAUCAUAUUAUAGCGAAUACAGUGGCACAACUAGAAGACGAUUGUCAUCGACCGGUGAGGCUGAUACUUCCGCUACUUCGAGCUACGAAGGAAGCGACAGCUCCGAAAACAGCGACGAAUCACGAUUGGAUCCGGUUAGCCAAAUGGAACGCGAACAAUUGGAGACGUUCUUUCGUGGACUGAAAUCACAGGUAUUCGUAUGCGAAUCACUGGCAAACUUGUAUCUUGGUAGCGCCUCGCAAACAGAAAGGUGGGAACUUCGAUUCACCGGAAUACCGGUUGUCGUCCUCGAUCUUGGAGAAACACGAUCAAGAUCUAAAAGACGUAUUCAGAUUUUAUUAGCUGAGCGAGGCACUUGCUUCACAUUGUGGCGAGAAACUAUUGAUAAUCUUUCAUCCUAUAAGGUAUCGGGACCAGCAUUUCACACAAUGUGUCUCUCGUCGGACCACACACGUUUGGCUGGAUUGAGCUUCGACAAUCCGAAAGCAGCGAACGAUUUGUGGCAGCACAUAGAACGACUAGUGUCGUGUCCAGAGAACAUAAGUCUCUCGGUGCCAGGUAAAAAGAAAAAGAAGGUGCCGCAGAAGAAGGUCGUCCUACCAGCGAAGAGCAACAUAAGCCAGCCAUGCCAAUUCCAGCACGUGACGAGCGUCGAUGCUGCUGAUCGAUCGCGAUAUUUCUCCCUUCAAACGUUGGUGCCAGCCUUGAGCGAGCUAGAGAACUCCCUCGAGGCAAGUUUCUGAGUCACGGACAACCUCAUGAAAUCCUCGUAGUUUCACUUCACCUCUUCACCUUAUAUCGAAUCGAAUCUUCUUUCUUUUUUUUACAAUGAGAGUAUCAUCGUAUGUGGAGUUAACAAGAGUUCCGUUUUUUCUGUUUUUAUUUUUUUAUUUUUUUAUUUUUUUUAAGCAAAAAUAUAUCCCAUUUUCCGAUUAAAAAGAAAUAAUUUGCAAAGGAAAAUUGACGAUGAUAGGAAUCGAUACAUUUCCAUCGAGUUCAGAUUAAAUUCACUUAUCCGGUAAUUUUAUUUGAACUUCUUGAUAUUUCAUCGAUUUCAUCGUCAUAGAUUUUAUCAUACCGUUUCCGAAUAUUGAAUAAAUGGAAGACUGAAAUUCAUCUAAGUUUUCGAGGAAUCAUUUAUUUUCGUUACAGAAUAUCGUUAUAUACCUAGAUGGGAUAUUGGAUUAUUUCGGAACUCUUUACGUCGCCUUUCAUAAAUCUGCAUAAUAAAGAUAAAAGGCUGACUGUUUUUACAAGAAUCAUAUUGUUUCGUUCCGAAUCGAUACUCGUAAAAUACGAGGAAUUACGAUGAAAUUGCUAGGAACUUGAAAGAAAUACUCGAAAUUUACAUUCAAUUAUUUUACAGUGAAUAACGAAGAACGAGUAUUUCAAUGAGAAAUACAUGAAGCGUGACACGAAAUUAUAGAACAUAAUGAGCGAAAAAAAUUACAAAAAAAAAAAGAACGUUAAAAACUUGUCUCGUUUCUGUAUAUUCAUUAUUAUUCACUUUUGUAUAUUCUGUCAUAGGCAUACACCGUGGUCAUGAAUGUUAAUUUCACAAAAAUAGAUUAUUCUUUAAAAACAGAAAUUAGUUUCGUAAAAGUUUCGAUUUUUCUUUUCUUACCUAUAAUUUUAAGAAAAACGCUCGAGGUUGUUAUCCGACGAUACAAUCACUAUAUAAACGUGAUCGUUGAAGUUUCUAAUCUUAGAUACGUCUAUAGAAAUAAAUCCUGAAUCUAUAAGACGAUCUAUAAUAAGAAUCGUUUAAUCAUAAAUCAUCAAUACAAUGCUAUUAUAUUAUAUGCAAUAUAUGUAUGCGUAAGUUAAAAAAUCCAUGUAAUGUGUAUGUAGAUAUAAAUCUUGUAACUUUCCCUUCCAAGGCGUUAUGUUGUUUGUAGAAAUUUUAAAAUUACUCUCUGAAUUUGUUAACGCGAUCUAUGUUUACAAUUUUAGCCAAUCAUAAAAGAAAGAUUUCCUAGUAAAAAUAUUUUCCACGAUAUGAACUUACCUUCUUUGGAACAGUCGGUAAAGUCGAUCGCUACAUUUCCUUACUAUAAAGCUUUGUCUAUUGUUAAUAUGUAAAACUUAUUAAUUAUUAAGAAUUUGGAAAAGAUAAAAUCGUAAAAUCAAAGUCACAAUAAAAAUUUAAAAAUUAUAUCGUCACCCUUUCAAAUAUAUAUCUUUGCUCUACGAUGUAGAAAGGUUUUAAUAAAAUGAUAUAGUUUCCGAUAUUACCGAUUCAUGCUACAAAUAACAAUCUGUACUAUCCGAUGCAAUGUGCUUUUUUUCUAUCUUGAUGUAAAAUUCUAUUGUAUUGCAAAAAUUUUAAAUGAAUAUUCAUUAAGAAAUAUUAUCGAUAUCUAUUAUCCAUAUGUCUUAUCAAUAAUAGAAAAUCAAGGCUAACAUUACAGAGUAUGUCAUGUCCAAAUUGUUAAUUAAUAGCGAUCGCAAUAAGACUGGUCUUACCAUCCACAUUAACAUCUUUUACAAUUAGUAAACGUAGAUCAAAGAACUCAUCUACAUGUCAAACUAUUAUUAUAGAUAAUAGAAUUAUUUUUAUUCUAUUUUCACUUUAUUUUUUUUUAAAUCUUUACGUUAAAAGCAAACCUUUUUGUAUUAAGAAUAUAUAAGUAUCAAUUUACUGGUUAUCUCGCCAAUCAAAUUUAUCAUACUUAAGCUUAAUUAGAUUUUACGAUGAUUAUAAUCUCGAUGGAAUUUACUUAGCAAUUCAUCAUCGGUUUUUUGUAUAAACAUAAUUUCAAUUAAACGAUUAACGAAUUUAUAAAUUUUGUGAAUUCCAAACAGAUUUAAACGCUGUUAUGUAAGCUAUAUCUUUCAGAUAUCAAUUAGUAUUAAUUUCUUUAUCUACGACUGUGAUAUAAAUAUAUUUGUAUCGUUAUGUUUCAUAAUAUGUAUCAUCAUUAAUCAUUGCGAAUGAUCAUAAAUAUCUUUAUCUAUGUAACAAUUGUGGUAAUAAAUAGUAUCUUAAAUCUUAAA